AAAGCGGUCACAACAAUAGGGGAGACAACAUGACAGGAACAUUGUCUCCAGGUUCGCUGAGUACUGGACCUUCAGAACACUCAUUUCAGACUAGUGCAUUUGGCAGUGCUGAUCCUGCAUUUCUUUCUCAUCAGACCAGCAAAGGGAUCUCUAGUGGAAAUGGACUUUUGGCUGAACUGUUUGGCAAGCAAGAUCAAAACCCAGGUGUGCCAAAAUCUCUUUCAGACCCGCAGCAUGACUGCACAGCGACGCCAAACAGCCGACCCUGGGGCAGCAGUGAUUCCAGUCUGCUUGAGCAGUCCAUAUUAGAAAACAUUCUCAAGGGCAGGGCACAAGACCCAUCUAAUGUUCUGGGGAGGAAAAGCUAUUUCAGUGACGAAGGUGACAGCUUGCAGUUCAGCACAGACAGGGAUUUGGACUGCUGGCAGCAAAAUAUCAUCAUGCAAGAUGCUAGAGAGUCAGCAAAGAAAGCAAGAGUACAGGUACCUGAUAAAGUGGCAUAUGGCGACUGGUCAGUGGGCCGGCGGCCACCUGGAGAACUUGAAGAGCUGAAGAUGUUUUCUGCACAGCUACGUGGGAAGCAUCAAUAUAUGGAACAAUGCCUUGCUCUGCAGGAUGGCUUGCUGCAGAGGCUGGAGGUGGCACUGAAGGGACACAACCCGGCUCCUCACACAGCAGCAUUUCUUCAUCGUCUUCAUCAGCGUUUGACUGAAAUCAAGGCAAACAGAGUUCAGCAAGAGGAGGAACUGCAGGCAAUCAAGGCCAGGUUUCAACAGCAGCUGCAGCAUGAACUUCAGGCAGCAUCUACCCGUCGCCUGGCGAUCGUCUCCCCUCUCCCACGCCCCACAGCUGCUACUCAAUCGCAUACAGCCUCCAGUUCCACACCAACACAAACCAUGGAUAUGGAGUGCUCUGCAGGAGCUUUUGGCAGUUCCAGAGAGGACUUUGUCAGAAAAACCGAUGGAGCUGAUGCUAAAACAGACUUUCAUGACAUGUCUCUUAUUAAUUCUUUAAAAACUGAUUGAUAAAGAUGCUUUAUGUCCAUUACUGAACAGCAUUGCCAUUGAGGUGAAUGUUGGGUAGCCACAUUCUUUGAUGGGACCAAUUUUUCUUGGCUUGGAGUGCUUCAAGACAAGGUUGGUUGGAUAUUGUACAGGGUUAUGCAAACAUCACCAAUAAAAGGUGUGUUGUGUGCUGCAUAAAACUGGGAAAGCUGUGAUCUUGAUCAGUUGUUAUGACCAGCACCUAGCGUCUGGCGAGCUUCAGCAACGAGAGUGCCUGCCCACUAUUUGGAGCAGCUGUGCAGUGCCAUUAGCAUAAUUUACUUUCCAGAUUUUACUUGGAUAAAAGACUUUGAAUCGGUUAUGACAUCUUCACAAAAAAUGCAGAACAUAUUCAGACUGAUGCCAAAGGUUUAUACAUUUCAUUUGUGAUGUUUGAGCAGCUUGCAGGCAGUUUAAUUGCCCAAAAAUGAAGCUUUCUUUGGAUUUUGCUUGUUGAUUCUCUUCUCACUAGACAAGGAUGCACAGGCAAGCAAACAGGUAGCUGUUGAUGAGAUUACAAAACUGUGCAAGACAAGAUUAUUCGUAUGGUAGUAUCUUCACACGUUGCUGUUGAAGUAUGUAGUGUGUGCAUGUGUGGUUAGAGGACGAUGUGAAAGCAUGAAUGUGCAGGCUAUACAAAGUCAGUAGAAUGACAAAUAUAAUGCUGGUGGAUAAAUGGUAAUGAACAGAGAUGGCUUAUCUUAGAGUUAACAUUCUUUUAGUGAAAUGACCUGCAGGUAUGAACGGUGAUGCUUGCUAGCAUAAAUAACUUUCUAAAGAAAUGGCCUGUAUGUAUGCUCUUUAAUUGUAUUGGUAUUCAUCUUUGUUCUCUGUGUUACUUUGUAUACUAUUCAUUUCCAUACUCUGAUUUAAAGCUUAUACUAUCAAGGGCCCUAUUUAAAAUGGGCCAGUCAUUUUUCAUCUCCCUUUACGGUAGUCACACAUAACAUCCUUCCCCAUCUCUCUCACACACACAUACAACAGACAGGAAUGUAAAUGCUGUUCCUCUAACCUUUCUCAGUCUUUAAUGAAUGAGGUGUUAGAGCCCUCACUUUUCUCUGCGCCAUGUUUUUGUGAGGUUGGUGCCAUCUCCUGUCUCUGACUGCCUUACCUUCCCUCUGUACGGAGCCAGGUAGCCAACUGGGUCGAUUGGGGGAAGUUUGCUAUAAGACACAGGUGUCAUACUGGUCUGUGUUCAGACACCAGUUUUCUAACCACUUGGCUCUCUGCCUUCCCCCACAUAGUACACAUACCGUAGCACUUACCAACAUAACAGUAGCAACCUCACAUUCUGCCAGCUCAAUUUUCAUGUCCACUUUCCCGCAGGUAAACUAAAGUUUUAUCUCCCCUACACUGGAAACAACAGCCCCUAAAAUUAGCCUCAGAUGGCAUUCUGGCUAAUUUAAAAUCUAUCAGACUAGUUUAGUUGGCCUGGCUGGCAGAUUUGCAUGCAUAAAAGUACAACACGAAUAAAAGGUGUUUUCUGACAUCAAGAAUCAAUAUUUGCAUACAUUGGGCUUGAGUGUACAUUUUUCCUGAAACUGGUUAAUAAAACCCACAAUACGUUUACUGGGAUUAGGAUGGAUGGUAUAAAACCCUCAACUUUAAUUGGGUGUAUAAAGAGUUCUAUUAUAGAUGAUAAGCAACUGUUAGUCUUAGCACUUUGUCAAUGAUAAACACUGGUUAAGAUACACCCCUGCUAUUUAGAAUGUGUAAAUGUGGAUGAGAGAAGAUAGGUAUGUGUUUAGAGUGGUGCAUUGCAAAUAAAAUGCUUGCACUUUUCUCACCUGCUGAUUGGCCAGUAGCUGAGAAGGACUGCCUUUAAAAAAAUAAAAAAGCCAGCUUGACCCACGUGUAAA